AUGGCCUUGUCGACUAUGUCUCCUUCAUCAUCAUCCACCAGCCAAACACGUUUGCGAUCCGUAUGGUCAAAAUGGUCGACAGCACGCGAAAAGCGCAAGAUGCUUAUGCUUCCUACCGUUAUGGCCGCUGCUACGGAAAAAGUGGUGAUGCAUCGUCGAUCGUCUCCAUCACAACAUCAGUCUCAGCAGAUUAAAUCCGAGGAUCUCACUUGCAGCCAAUUUGCACAUAUGGCUGGUAUCCGCAUCCUACGCGAGAAUGAUGACGAAGACGACAACGACGACGUAGAAUCGGAUGAUGACGACGAUGAUGAUGAAUGUGCUGCAUUGACACAUGGCUAUGGUGAUCAACGUGUGAUGGCAACAUCAUCAGUGCACAUGGGCCGUAGUUUUUCGGAUCGUGGUGGUUCAAGAAGAUCACAACCACAAAUUUGGGAUCCAGCAUUUUGGCAGCAUCAAAUUCAACAACAACAACACGAUGAAAAAAUGCACCAACCUCAACCUGGUGCUGUGAUGAUGACACCUCUUCAUUCAUACGCAUCCACAUCAUCCACCGCUUCAUCGUAUUCAAAUCCUUCUUCUACUUGCUCCAGCCCACCCAGCCUCAUGCGAUCGGGCCCAAGCGUUAUUCGCAAGGGUCGUUUCAAGAUUGUGGUUGGCCAAGAUGAAGAACAACAAAAUGAUGCCAAUGCUGCUGAACCAAAGUAUGUUGAAUGGCGUCGCAAGCGUGCUUGCACCACUUGA